CUGUAACGUUCAUGUUGUUCUCUUUAGCCUAUAUCUGCUUGCAACGUCUCCUCCACUCCGAAUAAAGUAGACCCACAUUAUAGAAAAAAGUAAAUCCAUUUCCAGUCUAUCAGUUGUGUAUGAUAUACAAGAUCUUCUUAUCUUUUCUUUUACCUAACAGCGAUAAUAAUAUAACAAUCUUAUAAAACGUAAUAAUAAUAAUCUUUUCUUUUCCAGCUCACCUCGUAUUAUUUUUCUGAUUAUAGAUAGAUGAAGUUGGGCGAGAAUGGUGUCCUGAGAAAUAUUUAUUUGAUGAAAAUGGUGCAUUACGUGGAAGCAGUAGUACUCACUUUCUCAAGACCCAAACACAUGCUGACGGUCUGAGUGUCGCCUCAGAUUUUUCUGACGUUUCUUAUCUUAUCAACAUGGACUAUGAAGCUAUUAAAGAACGUGGCUUACCUAUGACAAGUGAACAAGUGAAAUUGAAGAAAAUUCUUCAUCCGAACACUAAAGGGAUCUUGAUACUUCAUGCUCCAGUCGACUUCUUGAAGAGAGAUGAGUGUGUGUCAGCACUCAUGCGUUAUCCGGAUGAGAAACCGAUAGUGGACUCUUUAGAAAUUAACUUACCUGUCAAGUUUAUCUACCUGUUGUUUACAUCGAAACACGCCAUUCGUACGGAUGGUUAUCAAAUGUGUCGUACUAUGGGCACAUUAUUUCAUGACAAGGUAAGAUUCCUUCUGAGGUAAGAUUCCUUCUGCAAUCUUGUUUUCACGACAAAUGUUGAUUUUUCCAUUCCUUUGGCAGCAAUCACAAUAAAAGCAACCUGAGAAACAACUACAUUGAAUUUUGUUUCUUCUCUCUAAGUCUCGACUUUUUCACAAUAUAAAAUUAUCUUAUGUAAUAUUUCAAAUCCGACUGUGAGGACUGGACUAGAUUUCGAUUCCGCGCAAUUUGAUAAAACCCGAGGCGAAGCCGAGGACUGGAUCAAAAUAUGAGGACUUAUCUAGUCCAGUCCUCAUAGUCGGAUUUGAAAUGACAUCUCGUACGAAUAAAUCACUACUUAAAGUGAGGUGAACUAAUUUCGAUCCAGCCCAAGGACUGAAUUAAUUUGGAUUGGAUUUAAUUUGAGGAUUUGAAAUGACAUCUCGUACGAAUAAAUCACUACUUAAAGUGAGGUGAACUAAUUUCGAUCCAGCCCAAGGACUGAAUUAAUUUGGAUUGGAUUUAAUUUGAGGAUUUGAAAUGACAUCUCGUACGAAUAAAUCACUACUUAAAGUGAGGUGAACUAAUUUCGAUCCAGCCCAAGGACUGAAUUAAUUUGGAUUGGAUUUAAUUUGAGGAUUUGAAAUGACAUCUCGUACGAAUAAAUCACUACUUAAAGUGAGGUGAACUAAUUUCGAUCCAGCCCAAGGACUGAAUUAAUUUGGAUUGGAUUUAAUUUGAGGAUUUGAAAUGACAUCUCGUACGAAUAAAUCACUACUUAAAGUGAGGUGAACUAAUUUCGAUCCAGCCCAAGGACUGAAUUAAUUUGGAUUGGAUUUAAUUUGAGGAUUUGAAAUGACAUCUCGUACGAAUAAAUCACUACUUAAAGUGAGGUGAACUAAUUUCGAUCCAGCCCAAGGACUGAAUUAAUUUGGAUUGGAUUUAAUUUGAGGAUUUGAAAUGACAUCUCGUACGAAUAAAUCACUACUUAAAGUGAGGUGAACUAAUUUCGAUCCAGCCCAAGGACUGAAUUAAUUUGGAUUGGAUUUAAUUUGAGGAUUUGAAAUGACAUCUCGUACGAAUAAAUCACUACUUAAAGUGAGGUGAAUUCAUUUUGAUCCAAUCCUAGGGCUGGACCAAUAUACUUCAUCAGAUAUCCAGUAUUAUCAUGUGAGCAAAACAAAGCAAUAUGGUUGGCUAAUUUACUUAUUUAUUAUUAGCAUGACAAAAUUACUGGAUGCUGAUUGGUUGAGAGGAGUACAAUUAUUGAUUUUCCCAAAAUAAACAAAAUGGCGGAAAGGUAUUUUAAACACAAGCGUGAAAUGAAAUUGCCGUCGAGGAACUAGAUGAAAAUACGAACAAAAGCACCAAAUUUUGCUUAAACAAAAGAAUUAAAUGAAAAUACAAACAAAAUCACCAAAUUUUGGUUGAAAGUCUGACAGGACUGGGCUUUGGCGAGAGAAUAUUUGGAAAAAUUUCCAAACAUCACUCAGUACUAUUAAUCUCUAAUUGUACUCGCCAUCGCAUGAUUACCUAUACGAAUUGUUAAUGAGUUGAGUUCCGAUGGUACUGUACGGUAUGACACCAGAAAGCUGCGGAUUGAGAGGAAUUCAACUGUGUCUUGCAAAAACUAAGAAUCGUAACAUUGCUUAUUUUUAGGGAUUCAGACGUUGUAUAUACCAAGCCAAAAGCUGCCAGGAUAUAACCAAAGCUUUCUUCUCGUUCAUUGAUGGAAGUGUUAUGCUUCCCCCAGGAGAUUGGAAACCUGAGCUGUUGACUCCAAUUGCUGGAGCCAUUUCAGGAAUUGCUCGCAAGAAACAUGCAUUGAGAAAGUUUAAACACCGAGAUGGAAAACAACUUUGGACAAUUAUCCGGACCAAGGUUCGCGUUAUCGCCAUGAUGAAAACUAUGAUUAACAGCAAAGCAUCAUUAACGGAAAAGAAAAGUGAAGACAAUAUUGAAAAAGAACAUGAAGUACCCAGCGCAAUUUUAUUUCCCAGAAGAGGAGACUGCCCAUUGAAGAAUAAAUUUUGUGAAAUACGUAAGUGAAUAUCUGUACUGGUGGAUAUUUUAAGGUUUCUCAGUCUCUUUGUUUGUCUUCUUGGUUCGUAUGUAUUCGCUAGUCAGCCUAAUCUGUCUGUCUUACCCCCGUUUUCCACUAAGGUGAAUUCGUUCACUGUGCGCAAGUUUGCAUAAACAUUUUUAACCAAUAAACAAAGACUUUGACCGAGUUUCCAGACCAUAUUAUCAUUGACUAUUGUACUUGUGAAUUAACAUGUAUGUUUAUCUAACAACAGGACAGAGGAUAAAACACAGACACUGUUCGAAACGAGAGAAGAAGCAAGAAAGUGAUGACAGUUCUAGCAGUAGUGAAGAUGAAGAAAUCGAAAGCACUGAAGUACAUCCAUUGCACCCUGAUGGUCGCUGGUUUGGAGGUUUACGACGUGAAAUGGUCAACCGUUAUCCCAUGUAUUGGAGCGAUAUCAAGGAUGGCUUCCAUAUACAGUGUCUAGCUACUAUCUUUUAUUUGGCAAUAAGUUUGAUAGCAAUGUGUUUAACAUACGGUCAGGUGAUUGCUAAGUACACCAAGAAUUAUAUUGGUGCAUCAGAAAUGUUGCUUGGUACGUCAAUAUCAUGUAUACUUAUGGCUGUCCUUGGUACAGAGCCCUUGGCGGUGAUCGCAGGAACAGCAGCCAUGAUGAUAUUUGAAAGCACUACCUAUCAGGUACUCGGUUGUGCAUGGCCUUCUUUCGUCGUUGACAACUAACAAUGAACAGCGCAGAUAAAAACAUUGCCUAUUCUCACAUGAAACUAUUAUGUUUGGUUUGUUCAAAGUAUUUGAUGGGUUGUAAC